GGUUGGCAUACUUGGCUAUUUAGCUACGAGUAGUUGUGUUUAAUUAUUGUUAUCGUUGGAUUGGGUCCUGGAAAUUGUUUUUUCUUAUAUAAAUAAAAUUGAAUUGGACAUUACUUGCGUUAUCCAUUCCCAUUUUUCCAUUAGCCAAUUUUGAAUUAAUAAAUCUGGUUUCUGGGAAUUCCAGAUUCAGGAUUGUAGGAAGAAGAAAAGCCAUCAAUAAUGGGUUAUCAGAAGGUACUGGUAAUUUGGUGUUUAAUCAAUGUAUUGUUAAUGUGGAGUUCUACCUCGAGUCCAAGGUCAACGACAAUGACAAUGGCAAUGGCUGAAAGAUACAUGAAAUACAAAGAUGAGAAUCAAGCAGUUGAAGUUCGAGUUGAAGACCUUUUUAGCAGAAUGACUUUGGAAGAGAAGAUAGGUCAGAUGACUCAAAUCGAUCGCACUGUCGCCUCCUUCGAUGUCACCAAUACAUACUUGAUAGGGAGUGUGUUGAGUGGGGGAGAUAAUGCACCUUUUCCAGGAGCUACUGCUGAAUAUUGGAUAGACAUGAUCAAUGGAUACCAGGAAGGUGCCUUGGCUACUCGUUUAGGGAUACCCAUAUUUUUUGGAAUUGAUGCUAUUCAUGGCAAUAACAAUAUCUACAAUGCCACUGUAUUCCCUCAUAACAUUGGUCUUGGAGCUGCUAGAGAUACAGACCUUAUUAGAAGGAUUGGUGCCGCGACUGCAUUGGAAGUUAGAGCUACUGGGAUUUCAUACAGCUUUGCUCCUUGUAUUGCUGUCUGUAGGGAUCCAAGAUGGGGUCGUUGCUACGAGAGUUACAGUGAGGAUCCCAAGAUUGUGCAGGAGAUGACUGAGAUAAUUUACGGUUUACAGGGAGAAAAUCCGGAAGGUUCUAAAAAGGGUGUUCCAUAUGUUGGAGGACGGGACAAAGUUGCAGCUUGUGCUAAGCAUUAUCUGGGUGAUGGAGGGACGAUUCAAGGCAUUGAUGAGGGUAACACGAUUAUAGACACGAAUGGGUUGUUUAAAAUCCAUAUGCCUGCAUACCUUGACUCUAUCAGUAAAGGUGUAUCGACAAUCAUGGUCUCUUAUUCUAGUUUGAAUGGGAAAUGGAUGCAUGCUAAUCGUGACUUAAUCACUGGUUAUCUCAAGAACACCCUCCAAUUCAAGGGGAUUGUAAUCUCCGAUUGGGAGGGACUUGAUAGGAUGACUACUCCACCUCACGCCAACUAUACAAACUCCGUCUUGGCUGGAAUUCAAGCUGGAUUAGACAUGGUUAUGGUUCCUUACCUCUAUAAUGAAUUCAUUGACACACUUACCAACCUGGUUAAGAACAACCAUAUUCCUGUGGAACGUAUAGAUGAUGCUGUGAAGAGAAUUUUGCGUGUCAAGUUUAUUAUGGGUCUAUUUGAAAACCCUUUGGCUGAUUAUAGUCUGGUUAAUGAGCUUGGAAGCCAGGCUCACAGAGACUUGGCAAGAGAGGCGGUAAGAAAAUCUCUUGUACUGCUGAAGAACGGUAAAGAAGGAGAUAACCCGUUGUUGCCCCUUCCUAAAACAGCAGCAAAGAUACUAGUAGCUGGUACACAUGCUCAUAAUUUAGGUUAUCAAUGUGGUGGAUGGACUAUUAAUUGGCAAGGGUUUUUGAACAAUAACGACACUAGAGGAACUACAAUCAUGAAUGCUGUAAAAUCAACUGUCAACCCAAGUACUGAAGUUGUAUACAACGAACACCCGGACAAAGAAUUUGUGAAGUUGAAUAAUUUCACUCAUGCCAUUGUAGUUGUAGGUGAGCUCCCCUAUGCAGAGUGGCAUGGAGAUAGCCAGACACUCGCGAUGUUAGACCCUGGCCCCACCGUGAUCAGCAAUGUCUGUGGGUCCCUCAAGUGUGUCGUUGUUGUUAUCUCUGGUCGCCCUAUUGUCAUCGAGCCUUACAUUGCCUCGAUUGAUGCCUUGGUUGCUGCAUGGUUGCCUGGUACAGAAGGCCAAGGAGUUGCUGAUAUGCUGUUUGGUGACUAUGACUUUACUGGGAAACUGUCAAGAACAUGGUUCAGAACUGCUGAUCAAGUCCCCAUGAAUGUUGGAGAUUCACACUAUGAUCCUCUUUUCCCUUUCGGGUUUGGUCUGACAACUAAUAGAAUACGCUUAUCAGGAGAUAAAUCAGAGGUUCAAUAUGAAUGAUAAGAAUUCUGAACAUUUGGCCAAUAUCUAAAUUACCAAUCUCAGUAGAAGAGAUAAGACCUGUAUUGAAGUUUACUGGCUUAUUUACACUAACUGUCCAAGGUUACAAAGUAUAUACUCCAAAACAAGCUAUAGAGGUGUAACAUAGGAAAAUUGCUUUUGUAUAUAAGAAAUUUGGGGGCUCACUACUUCCAGUAUUUCAUGGCUCA